CACACGAGACUGAUACCUUUUGCCUCCUCUGCUUUGUAUCAAUUGGUCGCAGAUCAGGCUAUUGUUGCAGGAAGCUGCUUUUAUUUCUAUGCUCCGUCGAUCAACUAUUUUCCCCACAGUCUCUUGCCGAAAUUCAGUGGGUGUCUCCUCUCUCUCUUUCUCUCUCUCUCCGUCUGUCUCUCUGUCUCUCAUGCAUGCCGUCUGUCUAUCUGGAAACCCAAGGAGAAGGCUGAUCACGGCAGCUCCAUCUAACACAAACAGCUGGGACUCUUCGGUGGCCUUUGCUGAUGUCUAUUGAUUUAAGUAAAUCUGAGACAGAUAAAAGGGCCAGAUCGAGGCUGAUAAAAACUUGCCGAUGCUUCGCGGCUCGAAACAGUGUGUGCUCUGCAACUUUGGAGUGCUGCUAGCAAGACGGCUUUAAUGGGACCCCUGGUGUCAUUCGCUCCAAGCCUCCAUCUCCCCAGCAGACUAAGCGCUGCGGCCAUCAUGCCACAAUGGUCAUAAUUUGGAUCUUGUUCCUGAGUUUGUUGCAGGAGCCGUGGUCCCCGGGGCGGGCCACGGGGGUGCCCGGGGCCACCGGAGCCUCCCUGAGCGACCCCCGGCCGCGCCGGGAUCUAGUUAUAGCUGUGAAAUCAUACUCUGCAGGUAUUCUUGAAAUAACUGCUGUUGAUGUUGGAAUCGUUGCCAUCAAGGGCUUGUUCUCUGGCAGAUACCUGGCCAUGAACAAGAGGGGCAGACUUUAUGCAUCAGAAAAUUAUAACGCAGAGUGUGAGUUCGUGGAGAGGAUCCAUGAAUUGGGUUAUAACACCUACGCGUCCCGUCUCUACCGGACUGUACCCAGCAGAGCCGGCACCAAGCGCAAAGCCAGUGCAGAGAGACUCUGGUAUGUCUCAAUCAAUGGGAAAGGACGACCCAGAAGGGGCUUUAAAACUCGCAGGACACAGAAAUCGUCUCUCUUUCUGCCUAGAGUGUUGGAUAACAAAGACCAUGAAAUGGUCCGACUGUUCCACACAAAUGUGAAAUAUCGAGAGAGUCUCCUGAAGUCCCCAAGCAAGAACCAGCGAAGAAGGAGAGGACGCUGAUGGGGGUGGUGGGAGUUUGUGUGGGGGCUGGAAGUGACUGAGAGUCUUCAAAACACUACUAAAAAACUAACAGAUGUGAUGAUUGUAUGACAGGCAUUAACAAGGACAUUUUUUAUACACUGUAUAAUAUAACUGAAAGUCACAUCACUUACUUUUAGCUAUUGUAGAAUUAUUAUCUGUGGUAAAAGACAUGUGAGAUAAACCAAGGCACAUGCAAAUGUAAAUUAGUUGGAUGUAAUAAUUUUGUCAAUGACUGUCACAUUUCCUUUUUUAAAAAACAAAAAUUUCCAUUACUAGUAUUUUCAUUCUAAUUUGCCAUAGGUUAUUACCUCGGUGACUCUGUCCUCCCAGAGCAUAUCAAUAUUUUACACUUACCAAUUUUGUGUCCACAGAAAAGGUAUAGCACUUUCAUGGCUCUUUUGGCAGUUCCUCAUAAGAGGCUACAUUCCUAUUUUUAUGGAAUACAGGAGUUAGAAAACUGGUUUAUUUUUUAACUUACAUAUAUUUAUUUUUAUUUUAUGAUCUGCCAGUAUCAAUUAUACUUUUUCCAAGACUGUCCAAGAGAAGUAAAACUGUAAGCUACUUCAAAAAUUUAAAUGGUUCUACGCAUUACUAGAUUAUUCUUGAAUUUGUUUAAUUAAAAACCCAGGACUCCUGACCUUGUCAUUCAAAUAAA